CUAUUGACUUGCCUUUUUCAUUUAGUCGAGACUCAAUUAGAUCCACUUUUUCAACAACCCCUUUAAUGCUAUUUCCUUGUGGAGAGAGAGAGAAAUGCUGCUGUCCCUGAAAUUCGGCAUCGACAGGUUGAAUUCUCACCAGAGUGCAGCCAACUCUUUGGGUAGACGAGUUUCAUAUGGAAUAGAUCCUUGCUUGUUUUCCUUGAUCUUCAAGUGAGCAAAAGAAAGAACCAAACCACGUUCAGUUUGAUUUUAAGGUCGUACAAAUCCGCCACAUGUAUCACUAAUGUACCUAAUGAUGGCUUUGGUCUAGUGAGUAAUUGGGAGAUGAAACACAUCAAUCCAGCCUCCACAUGAUGCAACCAUUUGUUGUUGGAAAGAUGAGGGUAUGUGUGGGGAGAUAAAUUUAAGUUUCAGAGGAUCGAUGGUAGUCCAAUCCAAGUUGGCACAUAGUUUUUGAGAAAUAUCUGCGCUAUAAACGUGCGACAGAGCUUUUUCAUCAGAGAUGGGAUUGAUAGUACAGCGAGAUCAAGAUGAUAGAUAAGAUUGGAGAGAGUCUCAGAUAACCAACCAUGAAUCAGUAAUUGCAAACCGUUGAAUAACCACCAUAGCUUGCUGAUCGAACUGCGGUAGCAAAGGGGCUGGAGAGAGACAUAAACCACUAGAAUUUGAUGGGGAAAUGUCAUUAUUGGUCAUGGAGAGGGGGAUGUUUCUUAUUUGAACAUCUGCUUUAUAAGUUUGCAUGGUAGUAUUGAUUGUUGUCUUGAUCAUUGAUUUAGGCUUCCUAGGAUAAUCCGAAACCAAGGAAAAGAAAGAAAACCAUCCUCUUUUGUCUUCCAUAGCAGGGACAAGGAUUAUGGAGCAGCGGCCAGAUUGCUCUAAUAGGUAUUUGUGGUUGCAGGGAUCCUUGAACAAAGAUUGGACAAAAGGAGGCUAACCAUUCAAGUGAUUUCCACGAGAUAAAGACAGAGUGGAUGUUGGAUUGGCUUUGUUCCAAGAGCUUGAAGUGUUUUCCGUUAACCGGAACUAUUAGUGUUAGAAAGAAAAUUUUCUGGUCAAUAUGUAUCUUCCGAAUGAUGGAGGAAGAAGGGGAAAUCGGUGGAGGCUGGGGCAUGAUGGUCGGGGCUAGAAAAAGAAAGUUCUAUGAUGUGGAGGGAAGAGGAGAGAGGAGAGAGGAGAAAGGAGAGAGCAUUUUCUAAGCAACACUCUUUGAUUACUGAAAUUUUAUUCAGUAAUGGGGUACCUCUCCUCUCCUUCAAAGACAUUGAGCAUGAAAUCUUGGAGUUUUAUAUGGCUUUGCUUCAGAAAACCCCUAGAUGUCAUGUCAUUCCAUCAAAUAUUAAUUGGACACAAGUCUCGAAUGCUCAGAAUGCGAUUCUUGUUGCACUUUUUGGAAAAAAUUGAGAGUUUGCUGGCAAAAGUUGAACAAUCCCCUCCAAAAUCAAUGCAAACUGCGCUCACUCCAUCACUGAAAGCCCUGGUUUCUGAUCAGCUUCUAAAGCAUUCGGAUAUUGAUGUCAAAAUUUCAGUUGCUGCAUGUAUUAGUGAAAUAACUAGGAUCACUGCACCUAAUGCCCCUUACAGUGAGGAACAAAUGAAGGAGGUAUUUCAUCUUAUAGUAUCAUCCUUUGAAAAUCUCUCUGACAAGUCAAGUCGAUCAUAUGCAAAGAGGGCAUCCAUUCUUGAAACUGUUGCAAAGGUCAGAUCGUGUGUGGUCAUGCUGGAUUUGGAAUGUGAUGCAUUGAUCAUUGAGAUGUUCCAACAUUUCCUUAAGACAGUGGCUGAGAGCAUGUCAGUUAGAAUGUCUGAGGAUGAGGUUGAAGAAAAGCCGACAGAAGAGGCCACACCUGAGAGAGUUGACGCAACCAUUGAGAAACAUCAUAAUUUAGUUAAGAGCAAUGGAGUUACAUCGGGGGGUGAGGAUGGCUCGAUCUCUACUUUGGAGAACAAGAAGGAAGAACAUGGUGGUCAGCAGUGCAAAGAGGUGAAAUCACCCAAAAGUCCUGAACCUGCUAAUUUGGGCUAUGAGAAGGCUAGCAAUGUGAAGGAAAGAGCAGCAGAAACAGAAAGUGAUACUACCAGUGAUUUUGAGGCAUUGAUUUAAAAAGCUAUUGAGGCUUACGCCUUGGGGCUCGCCUCGAGGCAAGGCUCUAAGUUUUAGUCUCGAGACUUAUGCCUUUGUUGAACAAUAAGAAGCUUACGCCUCUCAUGGAAGAGGCUUGCGCCUUUUUGCAAAUGCAUAGAGGCUUAUAAUCUCUAUGCCUCAGCUAACGAUUAGAAAAAUAAUAGUGAUUUGUCUAGUUCUUAAAAAAUGUUAAGGUUUAAGUUAUUUAUGGAAGGCUUAUUGAGCAGUUUUGUUGGACUAUUCUCACCCAUGUAGA